AAUAUGUACAUUCCCUUCCCAAUUUAUUUUCGCAUUCAACCAAACAUAGUCCUAUUCUUUCUCUUUUCAGUCAUACAAACAAAACACUUAAUCCAUUUUGAGCUUAAAAUUUAAUAUUUGACUUCCAUUUUGAACUGUGUUUUCUUGUAAUCAUUCAUUAAGCCCUUUAGUAUACCUCUUAAUCAACUCUGUUCUACUCUGUCAUGGCACCUCCUAAUGACCCUUCUAAUCCAAUCCACCAUGUGUCUGAAUCAAAGACUCUGGAAAACUACUUUGAUUUAACUCAUGAAAAGUUUAGUGUUAAAGGUGUCCCUUUACUCUCUCAAGUUCCUAAAAAUGUAACCUUCGAACCAUUUUGUAGUUCCAUCUCUUCUCAAUCCUCAGAUGCUUCAAUUCCUUUGCUUCAACGUGUAAGGACACUUUCUCAUAGAGGUGGUUUCCUUGGCUUCACUCAUGAGGAACCGUCUGAUAGGUUGGCCAACUGUUUGGGAAAAUUCAAUGGCAGAGAUUUCUUAAGUAUCUUCAGGUUCAAAACAUGGUGGUCAACCAUGUGGGUGGGGAGUUCUGGUUCUGACUUGCAAAUGGAGACACAAUGGGUGCUGUUAGAUGUUCCUGAGAUUAAGUCUUAUGUGAUAAUCAUUCCCAUCAUUGAGGGAAGUUUCAGGUCUGCUCUUUAUCCUGGUUCUGAUGGACAACUCAUGAUCUGUGCAGAGAGCGGUUCUUCACAAGCUAAAGUGUCUAGUUUUAAAGCCAUAGCUUAUGUUCAUGUCUCUGAUAACCCUUAUAGCUUGAUGAAAGAGGCUUAUAGUGCUAUAAGAGUUCAUCUCAACACUUUCAGGCUCUUGGAAGAGAAGAAAGUCCCUAAAAUAGUUGACAAAUUUGGCUGGUGCACUUGGGAUGCCUUUUAUUUGACUGUUGAGCCAGUUGGCAUCUUUUAUGGCUUGAAUGAGUUUUCUCAAGGUGGUGUUUCACCAAGGUUUCUCAUCAUUGAUGAUGGUUGGCAAAGCAUUAACAAAGAUGGGGAGGACCCAAAUGAAGAUGCCAAGAAUCUAGUCCUUGGUGGGACUCAAAUGACUGCAAGGCUUUACAGUUUUCAUGAGUGUAAGAAGUUCAGAAACUACAAAGGAGGAACUUUGUCAGGCUUGGAGACUCCAAAAUUUGAUCCUAAGAAGCCUAAACUACUUAUCUCCAAGGCUAUUGAGAUAGAACAUGCUGAGAAGGAGCUUGAUAAGGCUAAUCUUCAAGCAAAAGCAGCUGAUAUUUCUGAGUUUAAAGCUAAGAUUCAGAAACUAAAACAAGAGUUGGAUGAGCUUUUUGGAGAAGAAGAAAGUGAAGAAGCCCAUGGAGGAAGGUGUUCAUCAGGCAACAAUGGAAACUAUGGAAUGAAGGCUUUCACUAGAGAUUUGAGGACCAGGUUUAAAGGCCUAGAUGAUAUUUAUGUGUGGCAUGCUCUUUGUGGUGCUUGGGGUGGUGUCAGGCCUGGCUCAUUAACUCAUCUUGAUUCAAAGCUAGUUUCAUCCAAACUCUCUCCUGGCCUUGAUGGGACUAUGAAUGAUCUUGCUGUGGUGAAAAUCGUAGAGGGUGGGAUUGGACUUGUUAAUCCUAACCAGGCUGAUGAUUUCUAUGAUUCUAUGCACUCUUACCUCGCUGGAGUUGGUAUCACAGGAGUCAAAGUUGAUGUAAUUCACACUCUUGAAUAUCUUUCUGAAGACUAUGGAGGCAGAGUAGAGCUUGCAAAGUCUUAUUACAAGGGACUGACCAAUUCUCUUCAGAAGAAUUUCAAUGGGACUGGACUUGUAUCUAGCAUGCAACAAUGCAAUGACUUUUUCUUCCUUGGGACAAAGCAAAUUUCUAUGGGAAGAGUAGGAGAUGAUUUUUGGUUUCAGGAUCCAAAUGGAGACCCAAUGGGAGUUUAUUGGUUACAAGGAGUACACAUGAUUCACUGUGCCUAUAACAGCAUGUGGAUGGGCCAGAUCAUUCAGCCUGAUUGGGACAUGUUUCAAUCUGACCAUUUAUGUGCCAAAUUUCAUGCUGGAUCAAGAGCCAUAUGUGGUGGACCUGUUUAUGUUAGUGACUCAGUUGGGGGUCACAAUUUUCAGCUAUUAAACAAGCUUGUUUACCCUGAUGGUACUAUUCCUAAGUGCCACCAUUUUGCUCUCCCAACCAGAGACUGUCUUUUCAAAAACCCUUUAUUUGACAAUAAGACCAUUCUCAAGAUAUGGAACUUCAACAAGUAUGGUGGUGUGGUUGGAGCUUUUAAUUGCCAAGGAGCUGGUUGGGACCCAAAGGAACAAAGAAUUAGAGGAUAUUCUGAGUGUUACAAGCCAAUGUCUGGUUCAAUCCAUGUGAGUGAGAUUGAAUGGGAUCAAAAAUUAGAGGCUUCCCAGAUGGGAGAAGCUGAGGAAUAUGUGGUCUAUCUCAAUGAGGCUGCUGAAAUUAGUUUAAUGACUCCAAAAUCUGAUGCUAUUCAGUUCACUAUUCAACCAUCUACGUUUGAGAUUUUCAGCUUUGUGCCAGUUCAAAAAUUGGGUGGCAGUAUCAAGUUUGCCCCAGUUGGACUCACAAACAUGUUCAAUAGUGGAGGGACUAUCCAAGAGUUGGACUACAAAUACUCUAGUGCCCAUAUCAAAGUGAAAGGUGGAGGAAAUUUCUUGGCUUUCUCAAGUGAGGCCCCAAAGAAGUGUGUGUUGAAUGGUGCUGAAGUAGGUUUUGAGUGGUCUACUAAUGGGAAACUGGCUUUGAGCAUUGCUUGGAUUGAAGAGGCUGGUGGGGUUGCUGAUGUUGUUUUCACCUUCUAAACUUCUCAAAAAUAAUACAGGAUUCCCAAUAAAAAAUAUAUUAAUUUAUCUUUAUAAGAAAAUUAAAAUAAUAAUAAUAAAAUGCUUCAAUUUUAUUUCUAUUUUAUACAUAAGAUGAUGUAUAGGCUCCUCAAAUAUGAGGGUCUAUCCUAUUGAAAAUAUUUAUGUAUACCAGUGGCAAUUAUAAAUGUAAUAUUUAUAAUCAUAUAUUUUGAACUA